AUGUGGAAGAUGGCACGUGCCCACACGGACCGACAGCCGAGUCAGUUCGGAACAAUUCUUCUGCUCGCCGUCGGUUUGUUGGGUAAAGUUUCCGCCACGGGUGCAGCAACCACCCGUUCCCGAGACCAAUUGUUGUCGACGCCCGCCCAGACUUACUUCGACGCCGUUGCACCGGAAGAUCGAGAAAAUUUCAUCAAGUUUCACCUGGACAAGGCCCUAGGACAGCGCCUACCGUACUACACGCCCGGCACAGGAAAGGACUUUGAGUUCAGCAGCACCCAUCAGGACGCAAUGGAACCGGAGGAUUUUUCCGUCAACCUGUUGGGCCACUUUAUGGGCACCUUCGGUCUGACCGAGACCGACGUGAUCCAGUUCGUGACCCUGAACGUCAUCUGCUUCCCGUCCGGCUGGUGUUUCAAUCCGGACGACAUCGGCAACAUCUGCUGCCCGUUUUGA